AUUCCAACCAGGCCUCAACGAGAGAGAGAGAGAGAGAGAGGCGCUUGUUUGAAGUAGAAGGAAAAACAGCGAAAACGAACCCUAGAAGACGAUUUUUGUUCUCAUUUUUUUUGCUUUAAAAUUUCAAUAUUCUUACUUUUCUCAUUGCAUUUUGACAUCUUGAUUCUUAAUUCCAACAAGCUAUGGCAAAUUCAAAGGGGUCGACUAACUUUAGGAGCUUGAUGUACUCUGGGAAACAUGCUCUACUUCCUCCAAAAAGUCCAUUUCCUAGUGUUUCGCCAUCAUAUGCUGAUUAUGUUAUUAGUCCUGCAGUUGGAUCAAAAGCUGUUCAGAAACCUAGAGAAGGAAAUUCACAUCAUCAACGAACUUCCUCAGAGAGUUUUCUUGCUGAGGAACAACCUUCUUGGCUUGAUGAUCUUCUUAAUGAACCAGAGACACCUGUACGCAGAGGAGGCCAUCGACGAUCAUCAAGUGAUUCUUUUGCGUAUGUAGAUGCAAUUAAUAACUCAAAUAUUGAUUAUUCAGCUCAGGAUGAUUUCAAAUAUAGGAAUUUGCUAUCAACUCCUUCUUGGGGAUCUCAAGACUUCGAUCAUCAUAAGGAUUUGCGACAUGCUUCAUUCUAUGCAGAAAUGAACAUGGCAAAACAGAAGAAUAGAACAUGGGACUCUUCUUUGAAUGUAAAUAACCCAGGUGGCCUUCCUUCUGGCAAGGAUAAUAUAUCUCGUCAGGGUUCAGGAUCUUUUUCCAUGCCACUGGAAGCAGAUGGGCAUCCAUCUACAGCAAGUGAAAAGCAUGGCUUAGUUGAAACUAGUCCACAUGAUUCAAAGACUUCUGACAAAAAGGAUUGUCCUAGUAUUAGGCCUUCAUCUUCAGAUACUGAUACCAAACGUGCUAAACAGCAAUUUGCCCAGCGCUCACGGGUCCGGAAACUUCAGUACAUAGCUGAACUGGAGAGAAAUGUACAAGCUUUACAGGCAAAAGGUUCUGAAGUUUUGGCAGAACUUGAAUUUCUCAAUCAGCAGAAUCUUAUUCUGAGCAUGGAAAAUAAGGCCCUUAAGCAACGGCUAGAAAGCUUAGAGCAGGAGCAACUUAUUAAAUACUUGGAGCAUGAAGUACUGGAGAGGGAGAUUGUAAGGCUAAAAACCUUGUAUAAGCAGCAACAGCAGCCACCUCCGCAACAACAACAACCAUCUUCUAGCCACAGACGCACUAACAGCAGAGACCUUGAGUCUCAAUUCGCAAAUCUUUCUAUGAAACACAAGGAUUCAAAUUCAGGUCGUGAUUCUGUGACGGGUCAACUUCGCAUCUAGAUGUAGGUUGAGCCAUGUUCUGCCAUUUCUCAUCCUUGAUUAACGCUGCCAUAUCUAACCAAAAUUGUUGUUUCCCUUGUUCGGGAUAAAGCUAAGCUCACAUUGCUUGAUGCCUUCUACCACUUUGUGCAUUUCGAUUUCGACUAUUUCAUGCCUUUUCAGUUAAGUUAAUAUCUCGUGCACCUGGUAGUCGCCGCCAGAAAAUUCUUCAAUUUUGGGCUGGCAACUCACCGGAGGUGGUAACUCAGAACAGCCUCAAUAUUUCUGUAUUUCUGUAUUGUUAAGUGAUCAUAAUUGAUAAUUCAUAAAAUGUUGUAUGCUCCAUUUUUUUUUUCAAUUGAAAAUGUCCACCUAUUGUGAGGAUUCUAAGGGCUGUUGGAAGCUCUAUGUACUGCAUAAUGCUUAGAAUGUUUAUUUGUAAAAUGUGUUUAAUGAAAUCCAUCGAGUUCGUACUA